GCCUCGGGUUUGUGCUUCCUCCCGCGGCAGCGUCCCCGGCGCAACGCAAGCAAGUCGACCCUCAGCGGGACCUGAGACCCCGCCGGCGGGCGUAGUGGUGGGUCCAGAACUGGAGGCCUAGUCGGGUGGCAUUCUGGAGUGAGGCAGCGGACUCUGCGACCCUGGGAGAUGGAGGGGGCAGAAGGCAACGCGGGGCAGCCCGGCCCUGCGGAGCGUUCCCACCGAAGUAGCGUCUCCUCGGUGGGUGCCCGAGCAGCUGAUGUACUGGUGUACCUGGCUGAUGACACAGUAGUGCCCCUGGCCGUGGAGAACCUGUCCUCGAUCAGUGCCCAUGAGCUGCACCGUGCAGUCCGUGAAGUCCUGCAGCUCCCAGACAUGGCCCUGGAGGCCUUUGCACUCUGGCUUGUCUCCCCUCUGCUGGAGGUACAGUUGAAACCCAAGCACCAGCCCUACAAACUGGGCCGCCAGUGGCCAGAGCUCCUGCUGCGCUUCACCGACGCCUCGGACGAUGACAUAGCCAUGGAUGAGCCUUCCCUUCAGUUCCGAAGGAAUGUGUUUUUCCCAAAGCGCCGAGAGCUCCAGGUCCAUGAUGAGGAGGUCUUGCGGCUGCUCUAUGAGGAAGCCAAGGGCAAUGUGCUGACCGCUCGGUACCCUUGUGACUUGGAGGACUGUGAGGUGCUGGGUGGCCUCGUGUGCCGUGUGCAGCUUGGGCCCUACCAGCCUGGCCAGCCUGCUGCCUGUACGCUGAGAGAGAAGUUGGACUCCUUCCUCCCUGCCCACCUCUGCAAGCGAGGCCACGGCCUCUUUGCUGCCUCGGGCCGUGGAGCCAAGACUGGGCCAUGUGAGCAAGGCCUGCUGAAUGCCUACCGCCAGGUAAAGGAAAUGGCAGGCGGUGACAGUGAGCGUGAGACCACCUUGGGCUCCCACUAUCGCGCAUACCUCCUCAAGUGCCAUGAGCUGCCCUUCUACGGGUGUGCCUUCUUCCAUGGCGAGGUUGACAAGCCAGCCCAGGGCUUCUUGCAUCGGGGUGGGCGCAAACCAGUGACCGUGGCCAUCAGUUUGGAGGGUGUGCAUGUCAUCGACAACAGGGAGAAGCAUGUGCUGCUGGGUCUACGCUUUCAGGAGCUGUCAUGGGAUCACACUUCCCCUGAGGAGGAGGAGCCUGUCCUGUGGCUGGAGUUUGAUGGUGACAGUGAGGGCACCCCUGUCAACAAGCUACUGAGGAUCUACUCCAAGCAGGCUGAGCUGAUGAGUGUUCUCAUUGAGUAUUGCAUUGAGCUGAGCCAGGCCGCUGAGCCUGCUCUCCCCCAGGAGAGCGCAUCCGGCCCUCAGGAAGCUCCCAGCCCCUCUUCAGCUCCCACUCAGCGCCCCAAGCUGCGAAGGCAGGGUAGCGUGGUGUGUAGCCGGAUUCAGCAUCUCUCCACCAUCGACUACGUGGAAGACGGCAGCGGGAUCAAGCGGGUGAAGCCGAAGCGAACCACCUCCUUCUUCAGCCGACAGCUCUCCUCCAGCCACGGAAGCUACACCGUGGUACAGCCCAACGACGACAACCCAGAGCAGGGCUGAGAGGGGGCACAGCUGGCAGCAGGAGGACAUCUGGGUGCCGGGGACACGACCAGGCACAGUCCUAGGCAGGACCAAGCUACACUAGUCUCAGGCUGUGGGCCUGGGUGGGAGCUAGGCAGGGUCUGCUGGAGUUUCAGACCGUGGAAAGUGACACACAAACCUUCCCUGAGCCUGGCGUGGGCAGAGCCGCCCUGCAGCCCUUUCUACAGCCUGCCUCUUUCCUGAACUCCAGGCCCAGCAGCCCCUUCUGCUCCUCCCCAAGUGGACUGUGUCUCUCUGGAGGGACUGCUGGCAGUUCCGAUGUAGGUGACUGAAAUCAAGUUCAGUGCUUCUGU